GAAGCGGGCAGAGGGCAGGAGGACAGAGCCGGGGGGACACCUUCAAUGCCGCCCGCUUCCAGCGCACCCCGAGUGCGGGCAGGAGAGCCGUGACCAAGUCUUCACAAGUUACCUGUGAUUUUAAAAUGGAGGUGGUAUCCGCUGAAGUCAAUAGCCUGCUUCCUGAGGAGAUAAUGGACACGACGCUUGUGGAAGAUGACAGCAUUGAGGUCGUGGCCGUUACGUCACAGCAUGCGGAGCCGAUUCCUAUGGAAACUGAACGUGGAGAAAUUGAAGACCCAGUCCAAAUACAGAACUCCCAAGUUCCAUCAAGUGUGACAGAUCAUGUCGCCAUGUUGACAAAUAACGCUACUCCGCUGAUCUUAAGUGAACCCAAUAUAAAAAUGGAAGUUAAUACUGACAUUGUAUCAAAGACCACUGGGAAGGGUAGCCUCAUGAGCAGCACCACUGCUGGGAUGAAUGUAACUUUAGCAGCUAAUCAGAUUCUUCUUAAACCAAUAACUGAGCCCUCUGAUCAAAAAUUCAACCAGGCUAUCAAAUGUGAGGCAGCAGGACAACAGCUGGUAGUGACAACUCUUGGAAAAUCCCGGCAGUCCAUUGUACUUUCAUUACCACCAAAUCAAGCAUCCCACCCACAGCAGGUCUUGUCUCAAACCCAGGUUGCAGACUUGAAACAAAUUAAAGUAGUUACUCUCGGUGGAAGAUCUGAGAUAAAGUCUAUAGUUGGAGCAUCAAAUGCAUUGGGUUCAGUUCAGCCUGCACAAAGUCAGAUGAAAACUGUACAGAUUGCUAAAAAAUCCACACCUACGUCUGCUGCAGGACCAGUGAUCACAAAAUUCUUCUUUACCAAACCUGUGAACAACAAGAACAUAAUUGCAGGCCAUUCUACCACAGCUCCAUCAUUGAUUGCAGGUCGAGUCCUUGCCCAGAAUGCAGCUAUCAUUUCAGAAGGGUCCAAUCUUAGUUCUGCAGUUCAACAAACAGCAAAGAUUGCCAUCUCUCCCCUGAAGUCUCCAAACAAGCAUUUAACAUUGGUGUCUAUGGCCUCCCAGACACCAAACUCCCCUCAGAAGUCACUGACUGUUCCACUCACCAUGGCUUUGCGGCAGCAGCUUCUCACAGUACAGCAGGCAACAACAACGUCUCCAGCCAAAGCUGCCUCAAAUCAUGCCACAGUGCAGACAAUGAAGCCAGCUGUCCCGAAUCUAGCUGUGGGAACAGUGAAUGCGACCCAGUUCAAAACCAUCAUCCCUCUGGCAACAUCACCCAAUGUUCAACAGAUUCAAGUAACGGGAAGCAAGUUUCAUUACGUACGCCUAGUUACAGCAACAACAGCUAGCGCCUCCCCUCACAUAGCCAGCUCCAGCAUUAAUACGCAGCCCAUAUCACAAGCUAAAUCAGUUGUGCUGAACACGCCAGUUCGUAUGUCUGUCCCGAUUGCACCAGCACAGAGCAUAAAAAAUGUGGCUCCUAAAUCCAUCAGCAGCAUUGCACAAAUUACCCCCAACCAGCCUCAGCAGAGACUCAUCAUGCCUGCAACUGCAUUGCCCCAGAUUCAGCCCAACUUAACUAGCCUCCCACCAGGCACUGUUCUGACACCGGCCCCUGGAACCGGCAGCAUGGGCUAUGCAGUGGUUCCGGCUCAGUAUGUGACACAGUUGCAACAGGCAUCGUACGUUUCAAUAUCUAGUAACAAUGGUUUCACUGCAACAACCAACAUUCAGACCCAGGCAAAGUUACCAGUCAAUGGAACAUCAACAUCAGAAUCAGGAUCCCGCCCGAGGAAACCUUGUAACUGUACGAAGUCUCAGUGUCUCAAACUAUACUGUGACUGUUUUGCUAAUGGAGAGUUUUGCAAUAACUGUAAUUGCACCAACUGUUUCAACAACUUGGAACACGAGGCUGAGAGGCUCAAAGCAAUAAAAGCAUGCCUCGAUAGAAAUCCAGAAGCAUUUAAACCGAAGAUUGGAAAAGGGAAGGAGGGUGAAUCAGAUCGACGGCAUAGCAAGGGCUGCAAUUGUAAAAGAUCAGGGUGUCUGAAGAAUUACUGUGAAUGUUAUGAGGCAAAGAUCAUGUGUUCCUCAAUAUGUAAAUGUAUUGGCUGCAAGAAUUUUGAAGAGAGCCCCGAGCGUAAGACAUUGAUGCAUUUGGCAGAUGCCGCAGAAGUGCGAGUUCAACAACAGACGGCUGCAAAAACCAAGCUCUCCUCACAGAUCUCGGACCUGCUCACCAGAACCAUGCCAACAGCCACAAGUGGAGGAGGAAAGUUACCAUUCACAUUUGUAACGAAGGAAGUCACAGAAGCGACAUGCGAGUGUCUCCUGGCAAAAGCCGAGGAAGCUGAGAAGACCAACAAGUCGAAAGCAGUCACUGAGCGCAUGAUUCUGGAGGAGUUUGGGCGGUGUUUAAUGCGAAUCAUAAAUUCAGCAGGAAAAGCGAAAGGAGACUCCUGUGCUCUGAGUUGCUAAUCCGCGUGUACUACAUCCGUGGAGCAGGCGGGCAGGAAUGGGUGAAAGCUCUAAAACAAUGCUUUUUUAAAGCCAAAACGUUUGGGGCUUGUCGAAUAUACAACUGUACAGCUAUCUGAGACUUUCAAUAAGUCAGAUUAUUCCUACUUCUUGGCAGACUCUCUGUACGUUGUCUAAUUGAGGUGCCUUUUUUUAAAAGACUUGAGAUACAAGAGUUGGUAUACAGAAUAAAAUUAUUGUGUGAAUAUGCAAAUCCCUCAUGAAAGAUACACUCUGUGUUGAUGCUGGUGGUGACAUUUUUAUUUCUGUUAAUUUUUAUGCCCCUCUAUGAACGGCUGUUUUCCUUUACUUCCCUCAAGGGUUCCUGCAGCGGCAAGGGAAUGUGAGGCAUCAACCCUUCCUCCCCUCCCCCACCCUCUGCUGCCAAAUUAUAGUCCUUCACCUUUACUUGUUAAUAGGAGCACCAGGACAAGAAUUCAGUUAUUCCCAUGGCAAUUGCAUUUAAAAAUCCAUUGGGGAGUAGGGAAGGAAAAUGUUCUGGUUGAAAAGGUAUCCAUGGUGAAUGUGUACACAUUUAUUUUCUAAAUGAAAGCAUAACCCAUUUGUUUAUUUGGAAAGCACUAUCGAUGGUUAACCGAACUGCUUCAUCUUGCAUUGGACAUUUUUUUUUGCCUGUGUUCAGUGACUGUCCAUAGCAGUGUGCUUAUCAUACUUGCAAUCAAUUGGAAGAUUCACUUAAUGUCUGGAAUUGAAGAACUCUACAUACAGUAGAUACUCUGGGGAACAGAUUAUCAAUGCUCCUUAUCUUACAACUCUGAAAACCCCCGAUGAGGCCAGGACUAAGCAAAUGUUGCAUCAAGUCCGCAAUUUAAUACAGCAGGGUGACACAGCAUGUUUGUACGCAGACUGGUGAACAAAGUAGUGGAAAUUUUGUGCACAGUUACAGCCAUGUUGCUGUAGGGCAUUGGUGGCCAACCCGUGGCCCGCCGAAUAUUUGCACUUGUCCAGGUGAGUCUGUUUUAAGUCAAUGUUUUGUUUCCAGUUUCUUGCUGAUGGAAUGUUUCUUGAUUUAUGCCUGAAUGGAGAAAUAUUCAAAUCAAGAAAAUUCAUUUUGUUGGCUGACCACUGCUUUAGGGAAUGGAGGCAGUUUCCUGCAAAGGAGGAAAAUUCAAGUAAUCUUCUCUGGGUUGCUCUUGCACGCACCCUGGUGGCUAGUUUAAACCAUCACUGGUAGAGGCUAUGGAUCCUUUGCUGUGAGAACAGUUCAGGAAAGAUGAAAACAUAUUGGAAUAAGGUAUCUUGUUUUUUUAAAUAAAAAUAAAUUUGCUAAGCUUAUCUGGGAUGGUGGUGAGCAAGAUAACCUGAAUGUUUUCAAGUAUAAGAUAUCGACUUGCAAGUACUUUUUUUUUUGUUAAGCUUUCUUCCUGUCCCUUCAAAAACUGAUAGCCAUUUCAAGGAUUGGAAAUCUGCGACCUAAACUGAGAAUUUCUGUGCUCAUAAAAUCUUGGUUGUCUCCAUGUACUGUGACAGUGUAAAGUAUGAGACAGCAGAAUCCCACCAUUAGUCUUAAACGUAAAGCAACUAAAUACAGUAGAGAUUAAGUAGUACAGUUAUUGUCUAAUUUGGCAUAACCAGUAAAAUUACACAAUAUCAUGCAGGGGGAGGGAAAAUCUGUCCAGAAUAUUGUCACAUGAGUAAACGUGCCGUUGCAGAAACCUGUAUUAAUUUUAUGUUGCCUGGUUUUAUGGACCUUGAUGACCUGACCUUCAAAUUAACCUGUAGCCGUAAGAGAAGACAAAUUGCUGCCACCAGUGGUUCUAUCAUUACUGUGUUCUUUACAACUUUUAUUUGUCACAAAUGUUUUUGUUCUUUAUUGCUAUUUUCAUAUAACUUAAGAAAAAGCCUGCUAAGAUACUGAAAGACAAAGAUGUUUUUAAAAUGUAUUUUUACAGAAUGCUAGUACAGGGUAUUUGUUAGAUAAUAAUUAAAACCCAUACCUGCCUUAGGUCAUUUAUACUGAGCAAGUGAUAGUGUAUAAAAUGUACAUUUGCAGCUAACUGACCCUCAAGCUUGUACUUUAUCAGGUAACAAGCUGGGAUGUGCAUUGUCUUUCUGUACCAUGCUUGUAAUCAAAAUGCUUUACUAAUUUGUAUAUAUUCCGUGUUUUCGUCUUCUUGCACCUGUAUGAUGUGUAUUUAAAUAUUGUGUACAAAAAAGAUUUUGGUUAUCAAAGGAAUUUGGACUAUGUGUAGAUUGUGAAAAUGGUGUGAAAAUUGAUGUGACUAUUUUCUUGGCAUUGAUUUUGCAGUUUUAAUACCUUUUUUCAGUGAGUUUUCCACCAUUCUGAGUGCGUGGGGACUGUACUUCCACAUUAUUGGAUGUGUGUGUAUUUUUUUUGUCUCACACUCGUCACAUACAAUGCAAGGUUAUUUAUCAGGACUACCCCCCCCGCCCGCCCGCCCCCCUCCACAUCUAGUAUUAAAUUUAAUCGCAGGCAGUUGCUUACCCAAGAAGGAUGACAAUAACAAUGGAUGUUAAAUACACUUGCUUAAUUUAAUUUUAGAUAAUGAAAAAUGGGAGUGUUGCAGAACAUAAAUUUUCAUUUAGUAAUAUUUCAGUUACAAGUGAUUGUUAAUAUUGUUUUUAAUAUAUAUAUAUCCUGGGACAGCAUAGCUUUUAACAUGUCAGGCAGAUGUCUGAACAAUCAGUACCUGAGCUGAUAUUCCAAAUUAAACUCAUCAGAAACCAGCCACUAGAUUUGGGGAUUUCAAAUACAAAGUUGUAUGAUACCUACUUUGAGGUUGAAGCACAUAUUAUGUAGCAUAGAUAAGUACACAUUAUGUGGCAUGGAAAAUGUGUAAGGAAAGUUAUGACGUUCAUAAAUUGAAAGUCAAUUGUAAUGAAUUCCCCUACUUUCAAUAAGAAUUUCUUGGGAGAAUUUUUCUCCACUAAAGAAUUGUGGGGUGUGGAAUGCCCUGUCAAGCGAGGUAGUAGACAGAGUCCUUUGUGGGUUUCAAGCAGGAAUCAGACAAGAAUAUGAAAAAUCGAGGCUUGAGGGUAUAAGGGGAUAAUGUGGGACAGUGAGAUUGAAUGAACACCUUUCUCUGUGAGCUUUCUAUGAUUGUAGGAUUUUAUUCGAUUAGUUGAAAACAGCAGAGAAAGCUGUACAGAUUCCCUAUGCUAUUAUUCCAGCAGCUACAGAAAGUGCCUACUUAUAAAGAGCAAAGCUAAAAAGUAUUCUGUUCCAACCCCUGUUUUAUAUUAAAAAAAACGUCAUCACUCCUAAAGUCAGCAAAUAGUGUUUAAACAAGAUGUACCAUGAAUCCCAUUUGGCAUUAGCUGGCCCUUCACAGAAGCUCAGUCUUUUUUAUAUGGUUUUUAAUAUGAUUUUAGUAACUCAGAUUAGUAAAGUUUGAGAGAUUUUCAGAAUACUUUUUUUUUAAAAAUGCCCUGUGUAGGUAAUCCCAGGUUACCUUUUACAAAUUCCUAAAAAAAUUGCCAGCAUUUUGUAAAAGCCUGGGAAAAUGGCACGGUUGUUAGUGGAUAACCCAAAUGUAGGGAAUAAUUUCAUACCUUUAAAUUUGAAAAUUGGUUACAUCUUGGGGCGUUUGUUUUCAGUUACCUUUUGUGCUCCUUUCUUCCCCUGACUUAAUCUUUACAUACCAUUUGGUAAAUGAGAGAGCAAGCAGCAUGUGACUCUGGGUUGUAACUUGCAACUUACUAUUCAAUUCAGCAGCAAGAAAAUACUUAUCUGUUGGGGUUUCAUGUGUUAUAGGAAGUUUGUGAAGUCAUGUUAUUGUGAAUCUGUGUACUAAUUCUCAGAGCCACACUGCAUUGACCCAUCAAUACAUCUUGUAGAGACAACUAUUACAGGCACAUGAUGUAGUCCCACAUUGUGUUGGUGCUCGAUUGAAUACAGGUUCAUAGAAUUACAUAAUAUUAUACAUAGAACCUUACAGCACACAAAUUCGACAUUCAGCCCAACUAGUCCAUGCUGUUGUAUUCCACAUGAACUGCCACCCCUCCUAAUCCCCUCUCCCAUACCCCUUGAUUUUGUUUUGCUUAUGGAUGCAUCAGAUAUUCUCUUAAUUCAGUCAUUGCCAUAGCGGGUAUAUCAAACUGAGUCAUCCUCUGGAUGCUCUUACAUCACUCCCACUGUCUGUUACAGUGCGACUCUGGGAGCAGGUUAGCCAUUAAUGGUGCAUAGCCCAUGGAAUCCUUAGGCAAAAGUUUCUUCCCCAGAAAAAGUAUAUUAAAUCGGCUGUAGAAGUGCCAAACAGUCCUCAACAUCAGCUUCCUGUGAUGCAUUGCAUUUAAUAAUACUCAAAUAAUCUUUCCCCACACCCCAGAAUAAUAAACCCAUGAUCCUUACCCUGUUGAAUAGGCGUCUUUCAAAUGUCGGUUCCUAAAUUUUAGCCCAAUUACAGAUCGUGUUCAGAUAUUUUUUAGUUUUUUUAAUUGACCUACAAUUUUUGAUAAUUGCGUGUGAUAAGAGUGAACGAGCAGUCUUACAAAAUUGGUAAAAUCAUGGUGGUACCCUAAUUGAACAUGUAUAUCCUUUUCAAACAAAUCUUUAAAAAAGACCUUGCUGAUAAAUAGAGAAGUUUUACUACACAUCUACAGGAUGUAGAUGUGUAGAACAUUUUCGUAUUGGACUUUUUAAAUGUAUACUUAUGGUGUGUUCUGAGCAAAAGAAAAUUGGAUAAACUGACCAUUUUUUUUAAAGAAGGAUGUGCUCUUUUAGACUUUGUACAUUGUAGUUGCUCUUAUUACACAUUUGUGUGUUGCAAUCCACUAUUUCUUUGCCUUUUUGACAUGACGAGGGGGUGUGAUUGGGAGUCCUGUUCACUGGUUAGAGUGCUAAUAACUGGUUUCAUAUUCAGAUUGUCUCACUACUGUGUUUUUGCUAAUUUUCCCCAUACCCAAAAGUGUCUAUUUGUAUAUAUAUAAUAUAUAAAAAUAUCUAAUACUUUUAUUUUGUAAAUCUCCUGUUUUUAAUGGUUAGCACUUUUAUUUUAUAUUGAGGAGUAUAUUGAAAGUGGUGUAUGUACCAAAUGUUCAGGCUUCUACACUGCUUGUUGAUCUUAGAGGGAAUCAUUUUACAUUUGUACAGCACUUAUUUCUAUUGAAAAUAAAGCAACUUUAAGUACAA